CCCCUCGCUGCCGCUACCGCGCCACUAGUGUCAGCUUCCCUCUAGAGACUCCAUUUGCUUUCAGGGCAGUCUGGCCGCCGCGCUGUCUGGCGGAGAGCGAUGCCUCCGGCCCGCUGACUGGCGCCCCUUGGCCAGACGCUCGCUCGCUCGCUGCGGCGGUGACACCCUGGUCGCCGGCGUCCACGGAGGAAUCCGGGCUCCCUCCGCGUGAGCAAAGACGUCCCGCGCUCCGGAGCUCGCCCUGCGGGGAGAGGCCCUCGCUAACACGGCUUGUCUCUGACCUCUUAAUUUCAGGAGGUUUCGGAGGCACCGAGUGCUUAUACAGCUCCCCACAGGAACUACUUCUGUUGGCCCAUCGAGGAUCAUCUUUCACCAGGAUUAUUUUAACAUCUUCACUGAGCCUUCCACCUCAUACCCUCUACCAUGAGUUCUGAUUUCUACCAGUGAAGUUUUUAAUGCUUUCUUUAAUCAUAUGACACCACCUCUUGUCCACCUUUUGCCUUUCCAGUUGCCAAAUACAUUAGGUAUAAGUUUGUGUCAUGUUAAAGUACAAAGUUUUCUGCUUGUCCAUUUUCACCUUAUUUGCACUGCUCACUUCUGUCCAGCUUGCUUUACCUCGCUCGCCUGUGAUUUUCAUAACCACUCACUUGAAUAAUCUCUAGCAGUCCUGCCUAGAAGAGGCAGUAUUCCAUACAGUGCACUGCCUGACAAAGACAAAGAUCAAGGGAUGAGUUUUUCCAUUAUUUUUUUCCUAUAUGUCAUGUUUACAAGUCCUCUCUUAAACUAUUCCCUAGCACAUUUCCCAAAAUAGUCCCACCUGAGUCUUAGUUCCUUUAGCAAAGAAUCUCACCUGUAAUUAUGGGAAGAAUUGAAUUCACAAUAGGACUGUUUUAGAGUCCUUGCUGGUACGGUAUUGGUUGCAAUCUCCUCUAAGAGUGCGGUACAGGAAAAGACCUUAAACUAAGGAGGAAGAAAGAAGAUAGGUUUAAUUAAAACUAGUCCUUGUUGAAAGACCUUUGUAGGCUUUAAAACUGCAAAGUGAAGAGAGUCACACAGGCCUGGCUUGGAAAUUGGCCAGCACACCACCCAUCUAGGUCCAGGGGGGACAGGGAAGGGAUCUUAAAAACCCAUUUUCUAGGCUCAUUGUAUCCAAAUCUAAGUUGUUAAAUAUCUUGUUCUAGUAAUUGCUUAAAAUAUUAGACACUUAAAAUGUUGGGGAAACGUAAGCGUGUGGUGUUGACAAUUAAGGACAAGCUUGACAUUAUUAAGAAACUUGAGGAAGGCAUCUCUUUCAAAAAGCUUUCUGUGGUGUAUGGAAUUGGUGAAUCCACAGUUCGUGAUAUUAAAAAGAAUAAAGAAAGGAUUAUAAACUAUGCAAACAGUUCAGAUCCUACAAGUGGGGUAUCCAAACGUAAAUCAAUGAAGUCAUCAACAUAUGAGGAACUGGAUAGGGUUAUGAUAGAGUGGUUUAACCAACAGAAAACAGAUGGGAUUCCAGUGUCUGGAACAAUUUGUGCAAAACAAGCCAAAUUCUUUUUUGAUGCUCUGGGGAUGGAAGGUGAUUUUAAUGCGUCAUCUGGCUGGCUAACUCGGUUUAAGCAGCGCCAUGGUAUUCCAAAGGCUGCUGGUAAAGGAACAAAGUUAAAAGGAGAUGAAACUGCUGCCAGUGAAUUUUGCGGUAACUUUCAGGAGUUCGUUGAGAGAGAGAAUCUACAACCAGAGCAAAUUUAUGGUGCUGAUCAAACUGGAUUGUUCUGGAAAUGUCUACCAUCAAGGACAUUAGCUCUUGAAACUGAGCAAAAUACUUCUGGUUAUAGGUCAAGCAGAGAGAGAAUCAUUAUUAUGUGUUGUGCAAAUGCCACUGGUUUACACAAACUUAAUCUUUGUGUUGUGGGAAAAGCAAAAAAACCCCGUGCAUUCAAAGGAGCUGACCUUUCAAACCUUCCUGUCACUUAUUUCAGUCAAAAAAGUGCAUGGAUAGAACAUUCUGUUUUCAGACAGUGGUUUGAAAAAUACUUUGUGCCACAGGUGCAGAAACAUCUGAAGUCCCAGGGGCUUCUAGAAAAAGCAGUGCUUCUUUUGGAUUUUCCCCCAGCACAUCCAAAUGAAGAAUUAUUGAGUUCAGAUGAUGGCAGAAUAAUUGUGAAAUAUUUGCCACCAAAUGUCACAAGUCUAAUUCAACCUAUGAGUCAGGGAGUUCUAGCCACAGUAAAAAGAUACUACCGAGCAGGACUUCUCCAGAAAUACAUGGGUGAGGGAAUUGACCCGAAAAUGUUUUGGAAGAACUUGACAGUGUUGGAUGCAAUUUAUGAAGUAUCAAGAGCUUGGAACAUGGUAAAAUCAAGUACCAUAACCAAAGCCUGGAAAAAACUUUUCCCUAGCAAUGAAGAGAAUUCAGGCAUGAACAUUGAUGAAGGAGCCAUUUUAGCAGCUAACUUAGCAACGGUUUUACAGAAUACAGAAGACUGUGAACAUGUUGACAUUGAAAAUAUUGAUCAGUGGUUUGAAUCUCGGAGUAAUGAUUCAAGCUGUCAGGUGCUAACUGACAGUGAAGGUGCUGAGGACCAGGCCAAGCCUGCCGAACAAAAGCAUUCCAAUAAGACUAGAAAAGCAGAUCUGAAUCCAGAGAAGCAUAUUAGCCAUAAAGCUGCACUUGAAUGGACCGAGAAUUUAUUGGAUUACCUAGAACAACAAGAUGACAUGCUUCUGUCUGAUAAACUGGUAUUACGGAGGCUUCGAACGAUAAUAAGAAGAAAACAGAAGAUCCAAAAUAACAAAAAUCAUUAAUAAUACCCUUAAAUGUAAAUCUUUGUGACUUUAUCUGCAGUGGAACUUCAUUAUCAUGUUUGAAGUGCUGUGGAUUUCAAGGCUAAAUGCAUUUUAUAAAUGAUUUUAGGAUUAGACACCAUUUUGGAUUACUUAAAUUACUGCUCUUUAAUGUUGAUUCUAGUAAGUGAGCAUUGCCAUGUAACUUGUUUGUUUACUGUUUCUAAGCUGUAUUAUACUAGUUAGAUCAUAAGGUACCUGAGGCCAGGGAUCUUGUGUCUGUUUUGUGCCUGAAUUUCAUUGUGUCUAGUAGACAACCAUGCACAGUCUAGGCAAUCAAUAAAUCUUACUUAAAUUGAAUUUUUC